AUGGAUUUACUUGAAUUCAAACUGUAUAUUGGAAAAUGUCUUGCCCUUGGGGCACAAACAACAGUUUCCCAAGAUCCUAGACCAUCCACCCCAGAUGAAGAAUCGAGCCGACCUGCUAAAAAAUGCAAGAAGUCGAAGAUACCACCAAGAGAUGUUAGGACCACUGAACAAACUUUGGCUAUUGGUGAAGUAGUAGAAGUACCUGAAAAUGGCGAUCAUGCUGAUGAUGGAAAUAUAUUGGCAGCUGAUCCGUCAAACGUAACACAAAAACUAGGAUUUUUAGAAUCAAGUGAACCUUCAAACAUAUGCAAUUUAAGAUAA